UCCUCAGGAUGAUUGACAGCUGCUCCUCCUGAUCCCCAGGAUGCCCGUGGUGCCGGUGGGCGGGGCUUCCUCCACCAAUCAGGUCGUCCCCGUCGCCUUCACCUGCUCCUGGCUGCUCCUUCUCUUCCACGCUGCCUUCGGUCAGAAGCCCGCCAAGCUGCCUCUGAUUCCCCGCAAGCCGUUCAUCGCCGCCUGGAACGCCCCGCUGGACAUGUGCACCAUCAAGUACAACGUGACCACCAACGCUGAACGCCUCUUCCACAUCCACGGGAGCCCGCGGGCCGAUUGGACGGGUCAGAACGUCACCAUCUUCUACGCCAACCGUCUGGGGUACUACCCUUACUACACGCCUCAGGGUGUGGCGGUGCACGGUGGCCUGCCUCAGAACUGCAGCCUGGACCUCCAUCUCGUAAAGGCCUACCAGGAUAUUAACCACUUCAUCCCCUCGGAGGAUUUCCGUGGCCUCGCCGUCAUCGACUGGGAGUUCUGGCGGCCUCAAUGGAGCCGUAACUGGCACAAGAAGGACAUUUACCGGCAAAAGUCCAAAGAACUGGCCGCCAAGGCGUUUGUAAACGUGACGGAUGCUCAAGUGGAGGAGCUUGCACGAAGGAGGUUUGAAAAGAGCGCCAAAGCGUUCAUGCAAAGGACUAUCCAGCUGGGGACUCGCCUUCGCCCCAAUGCACUCUGGGGAUUCUACCUCUACCCCGACUGCCACAACUACAACCUGCACGAGCAGAACUACACCGGCUUCUGCCCCCUGCUGGAGAGGCUGAGGAACGACGAGCUGAUGUGGCUCUGGAACAGCAGCACGGCGCUCUUCCCCUCCGUGGCCAUCAAGAAGAGUCACUCCAACAGCAUCAGCAACCUGCACUUCGCCCAGCACAGGAUCCGAGAGUCGCUCCGCGUCGCCGCGCUCACCUCCAGGGAGUACGAGCUGCCCACGUACGUGUACCUCAGGCUGGGCUACAGGGACGAGGCCAUGGCCUUCCUCACCAUGAAAGACUUGAUCCACACCAUCGGAGAAAGUGCUGCUCUGGGAGCUGCUGGCUUCGUCAUCUGGGGAGAUCUGAACCUCACCUCCUCCAGGUUUAACUGCACCAAGGUGAAGACGUUGCUGAGCCACCGCCUGGGUCAGUACAUCACCAACGUGACGCGAGCGGCCGAGGUCUGCAGCGACUUCCUGUGCCAGGGGAACGGCCGCUGCGUCCGGCGAAACCCCCUCGCCCGCCACUACCUCCACCUGAGCGGCACCUCCUACCACAUCCAGCCCUCCAACGACGGGGACUUCUCCGUCACCGGCUGGCACUCUCAGCACGAGCUGCAGCUGCUCACCAAGAGGUUUCGCUGCCACUGCUACGAGGGACACGAAGGCGAGAGAUGCGACUCCAUCAACAUUGUGAGGGAGGACGACGAGCCGAGGAGGGAGGAGGAGGAGGAAGACGAGGAGAAGGAGAGGAAAAGGACUGAGUGGGAGGACGAGCAGGGGGAACGGUGGGAGGGACGGGAGAACGAGGCGCCGCCGAACACCUGCAGCCUCCACCUGAUGGUGCUGAUGCUCCUGAUGAACCUAUCGUUAGUGAAGACGCUCGUAUGAUGACACAGAUGUGACUUUUUAACAGACAAUGUUUUUUUUAUUUGAGAUGGAGAAAGACUGGAAUUGAACCCAAUAUGUUACCGUUUCAGUUGAUGGACCAUGCCAUGUUGUACAAUAUGUAUUAUUAUCCUCAUAAGGAAAGUGGUUCUCCGUCUGGAACAGAUCUGGUGCUGUACUCAUUAUCCACGGUGUUCCUGGAUGGCUAGCUCAAAAAAAGGCUGAAUGAAAUCAAAAAAUAUAUUUUAGUAAAUGAAAUGCUAUUUGAAACUUUAACAAAAGCCCCAAAACAGUCAACAGCUGAACAGUCAGAAGAUAUGCUAACACAGGCUGACUAUCAGCAUCUACCACAAAAUGUUCGUCAUUGCUUCCCAAAGUCCAAGGCGAUUCUUAAAAAUGCUUAUUUACGUUAGUUUAAAAUGUAAGCAUGCUGACAUUUUAAACUAUGUAGCAUUUAGCAGAAAGUCAGGCUGAGGUUUGGUAUAAGUUGCAGGUAUUUGGUUAUAAAUUAAAUGAUAGGACUUUUGGGGCAGAAGAAACAUUUUGAUGUCAACAUUUUUGCUGAGGGGGGGUUAAAUGUGUGUAGCAAUUGUUAAAGCAAACCAUCCAACCAAUUUAAGACAUUUGACUUCAAAACCACCAAAGUCAACCUCAUGGUGGCGCCACAGGAACAGACAGUGGAAAAGCAAAGUCAGUCAGGUUCAUCCUGGUUCAAUACUAACACACAUUGUCAAGUUAAAGAAGAACUUAAAAAACAAAUGGUGUUCAAUGUGAAGUGAAAGCAGCUGCUGUGUUAAAAGGUAACUGGACAUUUUCUUUUAGGAAUGUGAUAGCACUUUACAUGAAACAAACAUGAGGUUGGACGUGCAGUUUGGUUGAUUGUACCUCAGUUAAUCAGGUGAACUGUAUUUGACUUCUGCAAAAAUCUGCACAGCCUAUUUAGCCAAGAACUGCAUCCGUUCUUCCAGGAAAGUUAGAAAAUAAUGUAUAUACGUUUGUUUAAGAGUGGACGGAGAGGAGAUCUUCUAGCGUAGGAGGGAUUACGGAUUUAACUGCAGGAUUAUCCGUAAUUUUGUUUUACGGAGGUACAACAGCCAAAUCUAUAAUCUAAAAACCAAAGGGUGCUACUACUCACAGCCAUAGGUAAAAUAAUCACUAAUAUUAGACGCUUGGUCUGUGGUGAUUUUAAGGCACCCUUUAAGAAUUGCUGUUAUUUCUAACAGCAUGACACUUGAUACGCUGUUAUUGCAUCGGCAUUAUACAUGAAGUAUGUAUUUUUUGUACUGUUACUUACAUUAUACUCUUGAAGUACGGCAUGUCGGGAUAUGCUACAUACUUUGAGUUAUUGGGACAUAUGUUACAGGUGCUAUGGACUUCAACAUAUCUGUAUUCUUUCUAUAUGAUUAUAACAAAAAGGUUUGUUAAGUAGUUAUUAUACAGAGUUACUAUAUCGGAGUUUGGAAGAAUCUAAUCAAAAGAUCUGUUUAGUUUUUUCAUCUUGUUGUGGCUGUAGCUGUUGAACAGAACUGUAGGUAUGACGAAACACUGAACAGGAAGUAAGAGACGGCACAUACUUUAUCUGAAUUAUAAUAAUGACGAAGAGACUUCCUGUGUUUCUUCAAUGCCUACCUCUUGCAAAACGAUGACAGAUACUUGUACUUUAAAUAGUCCACAAAAACAUGUUCCAUUCCUGAGCGUUGAUGCCUCCAGUUAUUCUAAAUUCUUGGGCUUUUGAUUUUCCUCUGUUCAUUUUAUCUGGAACAAUUCAAGCUUGAGCCCACAGAACAGCUAACAGAUGCUAAAGCUGACAAAUCUGCAUUCAAUGUCCUGGCUUCUUCUGGAGCUUUCAACCCUAAAAACAAGACCAAGUCAGGAUGACAUUUCAGAGGGGAAAGACAAUUCAAGAUAAGCCCUUUUUUUAACCAAGGUUAAAAUAUUAUAAACUGUCUCAAAGAUCUCUUUUUAACUCUAUUCACGCCGCUCAUAGCAAGUCUGUUUUCCAAUUUUUAGACAAUCGAGACCAUUCGUCAAACACACGCUGCUCUUAGUCCAAAAUACCAGUAUAGAAACUUAGAGACUUCUCUUCAUUGACCACGGAGAACUGGAGCAUUUUGAAAUCACAGCCUGUUUAAAGCAGAGGUGAGACCUGGUUCUGGAUCUGGUCAUCCCAAAGACUUCUAAUGAAAGUUUCUAUGACUUUCUGGUACGACCAAAAGCAAGUCUGUUUUCCAUUUUUAUUCAAUAAAUCCUCUCGUCCAAUACACUCAGUCCAAACACACUUUUACUGAACGUUUCUGCAGCUACGGAUAAAGAGUUCUAACAUAUUUAGAAAAAGACUUCCAAAAACUGCAACUGGAUAACUUUUUGGGGUCAAAUCAACAAUCACUACAGCCUAGAGAACUGGAAGGGUUUGAAAUCAAAUCAAACUCAGAGAAGAGGUAGACCUGAGACCUUGUUCUGGAUCUGAUCGUCCCAAAGACUUCUUAUGAAUCGAUGAGAGUUUCUGUAUCAUUCUGUUCUUUAAAAAGUAAACAUGUAGCAUCUGUCACAAUCUCUGCACCACUGAUCCUAAACUGAGCCGGUACGUUCAUCUCAAACCAGCCUUCAGGUGAAGUUUCCUGGACUCACUGUGUGCUUUGUUCCCUGAAGAUUGUAAAGCCAAAUAUGCAUCAAGGACUAUGCAACACUUGGAAAAUGUUACCUGAAUGUAAAUGCACUGCAAAUAAAGACUUUUCUUCAAAACA